CUUUUUUAUCUUCUUUUCCACUAGACGACCUAGUUUUUUGUUCGAGUUGUAAUUUAUUUAAAUUAUUAAAAUAAAUAAAAAUAUGAAUUCCUCUGUAGAUCCCCGACGCAAAGAAAAAAUUAAUCGCUAUAAGCCACCACAAAAUCAAGGACAAAAUGGCAGUGGCGCUAACAAUGAUGAUUUAACACCCGACUACAUGAAUAUUUUAGGCAUGAUCUUCUCUAUGUGUGGAUUAAUGAUGAAAUUGAAGUGGUGUGCUUGGUUUGCUUUGUACUGUUCCUGUAUAAGUUUUGCCAGUUCUCGUGUCAGUGAUGAUGCCAAGCAGGUCUUAUCAUCUUUCAUGUUAAGUGUAAGUGCUGUGGUCAUGUCAUAUUUACAAAAUCCCGCCCCUAUGACACCACCAUGGGUAACAACUUCAUAGGAAGUAUGAAGUUUUAUUCAAAUAUACUUUGAUUUUAUAAAUCUAGCGAAAUUUUAUAAAAAAUGUAAUUGUCUAAUGGAAUUAAAAUAAAUAAUUUAAAAUAUGA